UCCGAGCGAGGUCAUUGAACGUCUCCUAAUCCAGCCCAGCCACCGAGCACUCGUAGCCAUUUUGGUCGCACCUAAAUCAUCCCAGGGAGCUGCUCGCCCACUUUAGGCCGUUUGCGAUGACCCAAAACGAGCCGACGCCGAGGAAAUACAACGUCGAACCUGUUUAAAUCCCGCCUGCCUGACGACACUGCGCCGCCGCCCGAUUUUGGAGGCCAUGGCUCGUCGCUGCUAGGCGGACUUGAGAGCAAAAAAAAAAAAGCCCGGGGCGUUUUUUUUUUUUGGGAAGUGGUGGCCGAGCGGCGCCUUCGUCAAACGUUGGCCAAGUUCCCUUUGGCCCAACUGGCCCCGGGAGUCGGGACGACUGGCGCAGCCACAAUUUGCACAUUUUAUUUUGUUGGUCACUCCAAAGUGUUGCUUCCCCACUCGUUCGGAGAUCCAUGCGACUGUCUCCCUCUUCCGCCGCGGGAUCGAACGAGGUGUCACCGGAUCGCGAGCUGCUUAGCCUCGCUUGAAACAUCAUGUCCACCAAAACCCCUUUGCCCACCGUCAACGAGAAGGCGACCGAGAGUUUGCUUUUGAAAAGGACACCAGCACACACAGAAAAAAAAAUCAAUGCUGCACGCGUCCUCUCACGGCAAUGGCCGCCAGUCGUCCCGCUCGGGCGUGCGUUCUCGCAGCUCCGACGAGCCACAGCAGCCGCACGUGGGCAACUACCGCCUGCUUAAGACCAUCGGGAAGGGCAACUUCGCCAAGGUCAAGCUGGCUCGCCACAUCCUCACCGGCAGAGAGGUGGCCAUCAAAAUCAUCGACAAGACGCAACUGAACCCCAACAGUCUUCAGAAGCUCUUCAGAGAAGUCCGAAUAAUGAAGAUCUUGAAUCAUCCCAACAUUGUCAAGCUGUUUGAGGUGAUCGAGACGGAGAGGACACUCUACCUGGUCAUGGAGUACGCCAGUGGAGGAGAAGUCUUCGACUACCUGGUAGCACAUGGAAGAAUGAAGGAGAAAGAGGCCAGAGCUAAAUUUAGACAGAUUGUAUCGGCGGUCCAGUACUGCCACCAGAAGCACAUUGUGCACAGAGACCUCAAGGCGGAGAACCUGCUGCUGGACGCUGACAUGAACAUCAAGAUCGCCGACUUUGGCUUCAGCAACGAGUUCACGCUGGGCAACAAACUGGACACCUUCUGUGGCUCGCCGCCGUACGCUGCGCCCGAGCUCUUCCAGGGCAAGAAGUACGACGGGCCUGAGGUGGACGUCUGGAGCCUGGGUGUCAUCCUCUACACGCUUGUCAGCGGCUCACUGCCCUUUGACGGGCAGAACCUCAAGGAGCUUCGCGAGCGUGUGCUGCGAGGGAAGUACCGCAUCCCCUUCUACAUGUCCACCGACUGCGAGAACCUGCUCAAGCGCUUCCUGGUGCUCAACCCAGCCAAGCGCGGGACGCUCGAGCAAAUCAUGAAGGAUCGCUGGAUCAAUGCCGGAUUCGAAGACGACGAUCUGAAGCCUUACGUGGAGCCGGAGCUGGACAUCGCCGAUCAGAAGAGAAUAGAUGUGAUGGUGGGCAUGGGCUACAACUUGGACGAGAUCCAGGAGGCUCUGGCCAAGAUGAAGUACAACGAGAUCACCGCCACCUAUCUGCUGCUGGGCAGGAAAGCCUCGGAGGCAGAGCCCGGCGAGUCGGCGUCCAACAGCAACCUGUCGCUGGCCAAGGCCAGACCCAACAGCGAGCUCAAUGGGCAAUCACCCUCGCAACUCAAAGUCCAGAGGAGCGCCUCAUCCAACCACAAGCAGCGGCGCUACAGCGAGCAAGCGGGCCAGAACGCCACAGCGGGCACAGCCCAGCCUAAGCGCAGCCAGACGGCCGCCGUCGACAACGGAAAGGACGACAGUGGAGUCCAGCUGCGCAAGUCAGGAGCCCCGGGGAGCCGCGUCGCGCCACCCGCCGGCCCACUGCUGGGCAACGCCAACAACCCCAACAAGGCCGACAUACCUGACCGCCGGAAAGCUGGUGCCGUCGCGCACGCCAACAACACGGCGUCGGCGGGGAUGACGCGCCGGAACACCUACGUGUGCAGCGACCGCAACAAUGCUGACCGCCUCUCCGUCAUUCCCAACGGGAAAGAGAACAGCGCAUUGGUGUCCCCGGGCGGCCAGCACAACCCAGUGGCGUCCACUCACAGUGUGGCCAACGCGUCCACGCCCGAGCGUUUGCGCUUCCCCCGCGGCACAGCCAGCCGCAGCACCUUCCACGGCGGGCAGCUGCGCGACCGGCGCACGGCCACCUACAACGGGCCACCUGCCUCACCCAGCCACUCGCACGAUGCUUCACCGCUGUCGCAGGCACGAAGCCGCGCCACCAGCAACCUAUUCUCCAAGCUCACCUCCAAGCUCACGCGCAGAAACAUGUCGUUCAGGUUUACCAAAAGAGUCUCCACAGAGUUUGAGCGAAACGGGAGGCUUGAAGGCUCAAGCCGCCACGUGCCUGUCGGGGAGGCCAAGGGCGAGAUGGGCAAAGAUGGCAAGCCGCGCUCGCUGCGCUUCACGUGGAGCAUGAGGACCACCAGCUCAAUGGAGCCGGCCGACAUCAUGCGGGAGAUCCGCAAAGUGCUGGAUGCCAACAACUGUGACUACGAACAGCAGGAGAGCUUCCUGUUACUGUGCGUCCACGGCGACGGGCACGCCGAGAACCUGGUCCAGUGGGAGAUGGAGGUGUGCAAGCUGCCGCGACUCUCGCUCAACGGCGUGCGCUUCAAGAGGAUCACAGGCUCGUCCAUGGCCUUCAAGAACAUUGCCUCCAAGGUGGCCAACGAGCUCAAGCUAUGAGGAGCCACUGCCGCCGCUCCACGAGCUGUACAAUCAUCCAUGUAGCAACUUUCCAAACGCCUCCUUUUGUAAGAAACUUAAAGACCAGCAAAGUAUGUAUCCAUUCGACAUCACCCACCUUUGUUUCUUUUUUUUUUUUUAGGCAAUAAUCGGUCAAUUGCUGACUAAUACUAUGUGUUGACCACACGGGGGCGAUAUAGUUGAGUUUAUUUGUGUCCUGCUGUCAAUGUGGACACAAUAGAGAGAAUUUCUAGUCUUAUUUAUUUUCUUCCCCCCUUCCUGAAUCAGAUUAAAAUCAUCACGUAGCUUUUU